AUGGAUCCGUCGCGCAUUACCUUGCGCGGAUUCAGGCCAACAGACGCCGACGAUUUAUUCUCUUGGGCAGGCGAUGAUAGAGUUACCAGGUCCCUCAGAUGGAAGACUUUGACAUCCAACCAAGAGGCGUUGACUUUCAUCAAAGAAGUCUGCAUGCCACAUCCUUGGCGACGGUCGAUAUGCAUCGAUGACCGUUCGAUCGGAUUCAUCUCGGUCUUCCCAGGAUCGGGCGAUGAUAGGUGUCGAGCGGAUAUCGGGUAUGCCAUAGCAGUCGAAUUUUGGGGCAAAGGGAUUGCUAGUAAAGCUGUCGAGAUGGCCAUUCCUCAGGUGUUUCGAGAUUUUCCUGAAAUAGUAAGGCUGCAGGCUCAUGUUGCUGUAGAGAAUAAGGCCUCUCAGCGGGUUUUGGAGAAAACCGGGUUUAGCAAGGAUGGUCUGUUGAGAAAGUACUCAUACCUUAAGGGGAGAAUUCAUGACUUGAUCGUUUACAGUAUUUUAUCCCCAGAAAUAGAAGUCCUUCCUUCACACUCUUGUUGA